GCUGGGGGAAGGGCGCGGUCUGCAGGGGCGGGCGGGCUGCGGGGAAUAUGGCGGCGGCGGACCUCGCCCAGAUCGCCGAUGUGGACAUCGAUUCCGAUGGCGUCUUCAAGUACGUGCUGAUUCGGGUUCAUUCGGCGCCGCCGGCCGAGGCCCCGGCCGGGGAGAGCAAGGAGAUCGUGCGCGGCUACAAGUGGGCCGAGUACCAUGCUGACAUCUAUGACAAGGUAUCGGGCGAGAUGCAGAAGAAGGGCUAUAGUUGUGAGUGCCUGGGAGGCGGGCGCAUCUCCCACCAGAGCCUGGACAAGAAGAUCCACGUGUAUGGCUACUCCAUGGGUUAUGGUCGUGCCCAACACUCCGUCUCCACUGAGAAGAUCAAAGCCAUGUACCCUGACUACGAGGUCACCUGGGCCGAUGACGGCUACUGAGGCCUGCCCAAGGGGCCAGCUGUACCCCCUGGCCGGGCGUUGGAGACCAACAACAGCCUGGCCCAAGUGCCCCGCUUUACCUCACCCACAGGAAUUAAAAAUGUUAUCACCCCUGCUGUUCCCCA